AUGAAGCUUGAGUACAGAAAAUGCAGCAACGAGUUGAAGCUUCAACAAUUGACAUUCGUGAGACAUUUGAAGCAACUCUUACUGCCGUUAGUUGUCGACAAUGAGAAAGUCCAGGAACUCAUUGAUAAGCCAGCAGGAGAAGCAUGGAGGGAUGCAUCAAUGGUGGAACUCCUUGAGAAACGACUCGGAGAUUCUUACGAAUUAUACCAAGAAUGCAUCAGCGGUAUGAACCAUGUGAUGGACAAAUUAUAUCAUGAACUCGCCUUGAACGACGAAUUUGUGCAGUCAAAACUUUUGGAAACUCCUAAACGUCCGGCAACUCUGUCAAGAAUUAAAUCUGCUUUUGGCAGAGAUGAUUUAUCAUUCCAGUUGUUUAGAAUUAAAUUCAGUAAUGGCGAGUCCGUUCGCACUUCUGGAUUCAAGCAACUAAGCUAUUCAAAGCACUCACUGCAACGUGGAAAUGUCAUUGCACAGAACAUCGCACCAUAG